GACAAAAGGAUCUGGACUGGACUGAAGAUGAGUGGGCCGGACCUGGGCAACCGACUUAUGUACGAGGCCCAUUAACAGUAAAGUAGCAGUAAGCACCAAAUGCGCGGGCAAAAAACAGCCUUCCUUCCCUUUAGUUUUCUUUUUCUUUUUCUUUUUCUCGUUUCUCUCCAGCCGGGAAACUAUUUUCCGGCCAACCAAACACACCAAAAAAUACCUAUCUUUAAUACGAUAUACGAUAUAACUUCAAUUCUUCGUAAUAUAUAUUUUCAUUGUUUCUAGUUACAUAUAAGAUUACGUAAUUGGGGAUUAAGAACUUUUUUUGUAGAACUUGCUUGCUGAAAGAGAAAGAAAUAAAGAAAAUAUAUAAAGGUUUCUGAAACCCUAGCAGAGCCAAAACCCUAAAGCGAUGAACCCCUACGAUCACAGACUCGCAGAUCCGAGCUCCUACAGAGACCGGCGAAGUGACCUUAUUGGACCGACUCAGGCGGGAACGGGACCAAGCUAUGGCCGCCCCGGAGGUCCAUUGUCGUACGGAGGUUCGGCUGGAAGAGGGGUUUCUGGACCAGGAUCCAAUGCCGGAAAUUUCAAUGGGUAUCCGCCGUUUCAGCCACCUGGCAGUCGGUUUGAUAUGGGUCGAGGUGGCGGAGGACGGGGAAGAGGUUUUGACUCUGGAGGUCGAGGUGGUGAUAGAUUUGGAGGAAGUAGGAGUUUUGAUGGCAACGGGACUGGGGGUAAGAGCUAUGGUGGUGGUCGUGGUGAAAGAUAUGGGUUUUCUGGUGGGCGUGGUGGUGGGAGAGGUUUCGAAGGCCGUGGUGGUGGAAGAGGAGGCAGAUUUAAUGCUUCUUCAAAAGGGGAAUUGGAUAACGUGGCCCUUCCCAGGCAGGAUUUUGGAGACUUGGUUCCGUUUGAGAAGAAUUUCUACAUUGAGAGUCCUUCAGUCAGGGCAAUGUCAGAGCAUGAAGUAAUGCUCUACCGUUCGAGGCGGGAGAUCACUGUUGAAGGGCACGAUAUUCCGAAGCCAAUUCGGAUGUUUGAGGAGGCUAAUAUUCCUGAUUAUUGUCUUGAGGUAAUUGCAAAGUUGGGCUUUGCGGAACCAACUGCAAUUCAGGCUCAAGGAUGGCCUAUGGCUCUCAAGGGCAGGGAUUUAAUUGGCAUUGCUGAGACUGGUUCUGGUAAGACUUUGGCUUAUCUGCUGCCAGCUUUGGUUCAUGUCAGCGCUCAACCUCGAUUGGCUUAUGGUGAAGGUCCUAUUGUGUUAGUAAUAGCACCUACUAGAGAAUUAGCCGUUCAGAUUCAAGAAGAAGUUGUGAAGUUCAGUUUACGUGCCAAUGUUAGGAGUACUUGCAUAUAUGGUGGUGCUCCAAAAGGACCUCAAAUUCGUGAUCUUAAAAGAGGGGUUGAGAUUGUCAUUGCUACACCUGGGCGACUAAUUGAUAUGUUGGAAGCUCAGCACACAAAUUUGCGAAGAGUGACUUACCUUGUAUUGGAUGAGGCUGAUCGGAUGUUGGACAUGGGAUUUGAGCCUCAGAUAAGGAAAAUUGUGGCGCAAAUCCGGCCAGAUCGACAGACAUUGUACUGGAGUGCCACAUGGCCAAGGGAGGUUGAAGUCCUAGCAAGGCAGUUUCUGCGUAAUCCUUAUAAGGUAGUCAUUGGAUCAACACACUUGAAAGCAAAUCAGUCUAUUAACCAAAUUGUUGAAGUUAUGACCGACAUGGAGAAAUACAAUAGGUUGAUAAAACUUCUUAAAGAAGUGAUGGAUGGAAGUAAGAUUUUGAUAUUUAUUGAGACAAAGAAAGGAUGUGACCAAGUAACAAGGCAAUUGAGAAUGGAUGGGUGGCCUGCUCUGUCCAUCCAUGGUGACAAAAACCAGACAGAAAGGGACUGGGUCCUUGCUGAAUUUAAGAAUGGCAGAAGCCCUAUAAUGACUGCCACUGAUGUGGCUGCGCGGGGUCUUGAUGUGAAGGACAUAAAAUUUGUGAUCAAUUAUGAUUUUCCUUCAAGCCUAGAGGAUUAUGUCCACAGGAUCGGCCGAACUGGUCGUGCAGGAGCUAAGGGAACAGCCUUCACAUUUUUCACACUAGCUAAUGUGAAAUAUGCUCGGGAAUUGAUAAAGAUCCUGCAGGAAGCAGGUCAGACAGUGAGUCCUGCAUUGUCUGCUUUGGCCCGAUCAUCUGGUUCUGGCCAUGGAGGUUCAGGAGGAAACUUCCGCUCGAGAGGACGAGGUGGUGGCUUUGGCAAUAGAUCUUUGAUAUCCGGAUCAAAUACCAUCCCUCUUGGAAAUAGAAGACAAUGGUAGUUUUGUUGUCUAGUCUAGCUGCUAACAGCUACCUUUUUUUCACCUGAAAGAAACAAGGUUGUGUGACGGUGCAAGAGAACUGCCACUCAAUCCCAUUUCCAAGAGAACUUGAUUAUUUACCGAAGUUGUAGCUAUUAGUAUUUAGCUAUUACAUACUCAUUGAAUUUUACACUUAGAUGUUAUGUUUGUUCCUUUUUAGGUUGCAGUAUGUGCCAUAUAGGCUACUAAUCUGAUUUAAAUUAUUUGUAGGAGGGACAUAAAAAUCAAUACAAAAUGAAUUUUUUGUUGACAA